GUUGUUUUUUGUGAAAAAUGCAAGAAACAAUUUUAUUGAAUAUAACAAAUCGGGAUUUUGUUAGCAUAUCGACAGUACCAUUUUCUUAUAGCAUUCGCUACAGAAAGCAUGUAGCGCAAAUUUGCUUGGUAUUAAGUAUAUCUUGUCACAAACUAUGUCAAAGCGCUUCUGUUAAUUUAUGCAGUUUUAGGAGGUUACAACACUCAAAAUCAUAAUUUAUUUCAAAAGUGUGACGUCAUAAUAUUUAAUUUUUGAAUUUUUACUUUUUACAACAUAAUCUGAAACAAGUUUAAUCUAUUACAAAAAGGGCUGAGAUCUUUCUGGUAAAAAACUAAAAUGUAGGAAGAUAUGGUGCAAAAAAGAAUGAUAGGUUCGUGGAAAAUCGACCCGAGGCAAAACUCUCUGGAAUCGAGAUGCUGCAUAAUAUGCACAUAAAUUAUUCAUGUAUAAUUUGAAUUGUGAGCAACGUUUUGAAGGAAACUGCUCUAUCAAGGACAGCACUACAAGGACGAUUGCAUCUGCAUCUGAGAAAAAAUGAGGUUACAUAUUGUAGACAUAUUCUGGUUUCAGGCUUAUUUUCUGCUUGUCAAAAGUAACUUUGCCACCAUCGGCAAUUUCUUCCAGCAAACGAAGAAUGGAGAUGAAGUCAGUCUGAAAAUGGAAGAAGCUUUUAUAAAACCAGAAUUUUUUCACUGUGACCGGGCAAGUUCUUGUUCUCGUGUUCUAAAAAGUCAGGGUACAGGACAUUACCAAACAAAUACAGAAAUGACUCCCCUGGAAGAAGAUGAAAGUGUCAUUGCUGCAUGGAAGAAAGUCAAACAACCCACAGAUUGCAAGGACCUCUACGACAGCGGGAAAAGAGACAGUGGCAUCUACGAUAUAAUCAGACCGAACUCAAACAAUCAAGUUAUGAAUGUUUACUGUGACAUGAAAACAGACGGCGGAGGUUGGACUGUGAUACAACGCCGUAUUGAUGGCUCAACCGAUUUUCAACGUGGCUGGUCUGAUUAUAAACAUGGAUUUGGCAGUAUCGAAAAAAAUAUGUGGAUCGGGUUAGAAAAUAUGCACUCUCUUGCUAGUCCUAAUGUCAGUACCACCCUUCGAAUAGAUCUGAAGCACCGACUUAAAGGCGAUGAGCUUUUCUUCGCAACAUACCGUAGCUUCCAAAUUAGCGAUAAGAGUGAUCGAUACCGUAUCAGUGUUUCUGGAUAUUCUGGAACGGCUGGUGAUGCUUUUAACAUGCUUCCAUCUCAUAUGACAAAUAACAACAUGGUAUUCACUACCAAAGAUAGUGACAACGAUAACAAUCUUGUUAGUAACUGUGCCAACUCUUUCAAAGGUGGCUGGUGGUAUAACGGAUGUCAUAACUGCCAGCUUAAUGGGUUAUUUCCAAGUAAGGUUUCAUCAGAUCCUAGUUACAUGUCAUGGAGAACAAUUGAUAAUUACCAUGGCAACAUCUAUUUUUCUGAAAUGAAGAUCAGACGUAACUAGAAACUAUCGACAGAAGAUUGCCUAGAGACCCCGUUUAAACGAGACCUGGACCAGAUCGGAUCCACAAGUAUCCGGAAACUUUUGGAUCCGAUCCCUGAAGUGGCAAUGCGUUUACACGGGAUCCGAUCCAGAUCCAUUUGCGUUUACACGGGAACGGAUCCAGAUGAAUUCGACAGGUUACACGCAUGCGCUUUUCGAAUAUUGGCGCGCAUAUGACGUUUUCAGAACUUUGUGCGUGAUCAAAACACAGUUCAACCUGAACAUGAAGGGAGGUAACGCUAAAAGGGGCAAAUUUGUGUGGACUGAAGAAGAAACUGAGCAACUUUUAAAAGUAGUAUUGUACUACAAACUGCAAAGCUUGCAGGUGGACAGGAUUGGGAAAAUAUGAGAACAAAGUACGACGACAUAUCGUCAAAGUUUCGUAAUAAUUCUUCAACACAGUAGUCUGUCAACUUGAUGAUCGGUUUUCUGGCGCCAAAGAGCCACGGAUUACAUAUUAAAACUACCUUGAAUUGAAAAAUAUUCUGUCUCACUCUCGCCAGUUAACGUAGACGGAUCAGAUCUGGACCAGAUCCACCCAGACCCAGAUUACACAGGGUCCGGUCCAGAUCGGAUCCAUACGGGAUCACCUCUGAAAGCAAUCCCAAAAUUGUUCGGAUAGCGGAUCCAAAAGUAUCCGGAUCCACCAGUUCCCGUGUAAACGCAGGGCCUAUCCGUACUCUUUUGGAUCCGAUCUAGAUUGGAUCCACUCUCGUGUAAACGGGAUCAGAGAGAAGCUGGGCGUGCUAUUCUGCCACUGCACCGAAUACUUCACACGGGUCUCUAAUCAAUUGAAAAAAGCCAUUAAGUCAAGCCUCUAAAUACUGAUUUAGGGUUUUCAGAUACAUUGGAAUCAAAGUUCACUUAGGGCAUGUUGAAUAUUGACAGGAACUGGUGUUUUUUGAUGACAUCACAAAUGAAUAAUUGUCGUUGACUUUCUUUUUCUUGUACAUCUAGCUAAGUCCAAUAAAAUAUAACCGUGUGGAUAGAGGGUAACGCGACAUUUCGACUAAUGUAUAAAAUUUUUGAUGUAUUUAAAAUUUUCAUUGAUGACGUCAUCGGAUGACACAAUUUUUCAGGGAUAAAUCUAGCAGAACAGCUGUAAUCAAAAUAUCAUUAAUCGAAGCUUGAACUUGAAUCCAUUUAAAAUCAGUUGUUACGCUCUUUUGCUCAGUAUGAUAUUUAGCUUGGCUAGAUAUAGUAUUCGACCCUGUCUCUAUUCUCAUGUUUUGUAAUGAUAAGCAGACUUGUCCUAAUCUAAGGGUGACGCUCCUUAGUUUUAGGCUCGAUUCGUUUAAGAAAAAACUUUCCCAGCAUCGUUGUUGAUAGAAGAUGUCUUUUCCUCAGAAUACUCUACAUUGGCACCAAGUUAUCAGGAAAUUGUUCUACAUGCUAGGCGAAAUUUAUUCAUAUAAUAUUUUUCUAAGCAAUUUUCAAAACAGUUGUCAUUCUUUUAACCAUUAUUAUUUGUUCAAUCAUGAUUAUGGCUUUCAGGAAACCGAUGAUGUCGUUUUUGUGAAAUAAUUUUUGGUUUGCAAAGUAGAGCAAUUCGGUAGAUCUUUUAUAAAGAAAAUAAAACAAAGAUUUAGCAAUUGUUGUACUUUCUAAGUAAUGUAUGUUUUAGAUUCGUGUAUCUUCUCAGCUCGAUGCAUCGACUCUUUAUUAUAUGUCUGUAUCCUUCCGAUUAAAUAGUCAUUAUUUAAUUGGCUCAAUUCCUAUUCAUUUGUUGGGUCUUAUCUUUUCUUUUCUUUUCUUAAAUUUUAGUAUUGAAUGCAUGUUUAUUAACUGUUCCUGAUCUUUUACACAUCACUGGGGGCAUAUGGCCCGAAAGCUCUUUCAGAGCUCUUUCCAUAUGUUCUUCAGUAAUAUUCUGGUAAAUUGAUGUAUUGUUCUUCUCGUUUGUAUAAUUGUCUAAUGUAACUUUAAAACAUCAAAAUUUUAUUUUGAUUCUGUAUUUAGUUAAUUAUUGUUGAAAAUAUACAUGGAUUGAAAAAAUUGAAUCAUCAAUUUUGUUGCUUGUUGUGAAUAGAUAAAGAGAAUUGUCUCUCCACUGCGAUUAGAAAUGUUAAGACCCGUCGUUUGGCUACCAUAUCAAUUAUAACACUUUUCAACUUUCGCCACAUAGGCAUGUGGCCCAAUUGUAACAUGCUGCUGGGUAUUCAGUAUAUGAUUUCACUUAUAAUUCAAACACAAAUUAUAGUUCAUAUGCUAUAGUUCAAGCGGUGUCAGGAGGUUUAAACACCCAAGGCCCAACAUAUGUCGUCAUAACAAUCUGUUUUGAAAUUUUGACUUUUGACAAAAUAUAACAUCUCGAACAAAAUACCUCUGAAAGUCCAAAAUCAGUUAUAUCUAUCAUUAACAAAGACUGUGUUAAUUCAUUCUUGUUUGUUUUGGUCGUUUUCAUGGAUUUUAGAACCAUAACCAAAUUACAUACAGCAAUUUCGUACCAAGUAUUCAAGACG